UCGAAUCGAGACUUGGUGAUUUGUUAGUUUCAUUCACAUUCUAGAUUUCACAUACAACAGGAUCAUUUCACGUCCAUUCUCAAAAUCAAAAUGGUUUUUAAGAGAAUGUGGAACUUCAUAUCAUUCUGGUACUUCCAGUAUACAUUAGUCACCUCCUUGUACAUGUUAGAACCACUGGAAAGACGAGUUUUUAAUGCAAUUUUAGUAGCUGUUUUAUCAAUGUUCUUCUACACAGCCUAUCUAUUCCUUCCCGGACACGCUCUUAUGAUGUACAACUUCGCUCGCUAUCUAAUGGGCCAUGUGAAUAGCACACACGAGGAAAUGUGACAAUUACUGGAUAGAUAUAGUAUGGUGAAUAUUGAUGUGUAAAGGAUGAGAGAGAUGUGAAUAGAAUCUUCAAACUACAGUGGUAUAAUCAAGCGCAGAUAGUUUUUCUCAUCAGAGUCCGAUUCAAAACAUAACAUGAGCAAUCCACUCUCAACUAUGCUGACUAAACAUACAUUGUGUUCAUAACUAUUUAAACUGUUUACAAGACAUAGAAUAAGGUAUAGGUAAAGAAGCUUUAGAUAUAUAGAUGGAUAUACAACUAUUUCGUUGAGUUAAUAAAUGUCAGAAAUAGUAUAUCUAUAUAUCUUGUGUUUCUUUAACUAUUUAACCAACCUAACAAUAUAUUGGAUUGCUCAUAUUUUUAUUUUAAAUCGGACCUGGAUAAGCAAAAAUAUCACUGCUUGAACUUUAUAUGUGAAUAUGAAUGAAAAUCUUAUAGCUGAUUAAAAUAAUUAAGCUUGUGUAUGUGUGGCAUCUUUCUACAGAGAAACGAAGACUUAAGUUGGAUUUUCUCACUGUUUUGUGAGGCUAGUGAAUGAAAUAUUUUACAAUCUAAUGUUAAUUUUAAAAAGAUUUUAAUAACAGCAAAUUUUACCUACUGAAUACUACUCUAAUUCUUAGUAUGGAUGAUUUGUUUUAUAUAUUUUUUCUGUGGUUAUCUCCACCUUCCAAAAGUAAUGAUCUGCAGGAAAAAAGCAAAAUGAAACAUUCAGGCACCCUUCUUCAAUAUCUAUUGAACUAUGAUAAAAUCAGUUUUUUUAAUAAAUACAUUGUUAUUAUUAAUUGUGUGUAAGAAUAUUUGUAAAGGAAGCUCGGUAUCAAACCUGUUUUAUGUUAAUUGUAUGAUUUAUUUAUUUAUUCUUUCAUAUUUUCUGUAAUAAAUUGACUUUUAUAUUA